UUGAUCAAAGCAGUCACAAAUUUUUCGACAAAGUUGGCUAAGGAGAAAAUUUCCUUCUUUCUGAUCUUUUAACCGGUCGACGACACUACAAUUAUAAUUUGCUGCUAAAAAAAAAAUUAUAAAACUUCGCCAAACGCUUAAAUAAAUAAUUUACAACUAUCACGACUUAAUUGAUAAACCAUCGUGACUUCAUCAUGCAUCAACCGUUAUUCAAGAGCGAUAUCAAAGCGAGAGAGCUAUCGUACAAGCCAACCGCUAUUAUUAUGGGAAAUACGGGAGCCGGAAAGACGACUUUGGCGAAUAAGUUAUGUCAAACAAAUCACGACGCUGGAGCUGGAGAAGGAAGUGUAACUCAAAAGUUAUUUCGAAACGACGUAUGUUUCGGAAUGAAUGCAUUUUCUUUGAUUGAUACGCCCGGUACGGACAGCAUGGCCAAUACGUAUAAACAUGCGUUCCAAUUACGAGAAGCUUUAACAGCUACCGCUGUCAAUACGAUUUUUAUUGUCAUAAGAUAUGAAAAUCGUUUCGAAAAAAUGGUCGAAACAUUCUAUGCACAACCGGUGCACCUAUUUGCAAACAAGAUCGUCGUGAUGAUUUCACAUUUGGAUGUAUCGGAGAACGCAGAAAAGGAUUACGAUGGAAUUGUAAAAGUGUUUGCGAAGCAUUGUCCCGAUGUUUUAAAUAUCAUUUUCUAUUCCCGCAAAAGUCCAUGUGCGGAUAUCGCUGAUUGUAUGUUCGUGUGCAUAUCGAACAUGAAAGCAGAAAAGAUUCAGAUAUCCGAUGAAUAUUUCCAACUAAAUUUCAACACCUUCGAGGCAACAUUUCAAAUGAGUCGGUCCUUUCAAGUUUACCAACAUGAGGCUAGGGCGCUCGAAACUCGUUUAAAAGACUACAUUAACUCUGACAUGGAUAGCAGCCUCGAUGAAACGGACGAUAGAGACGAGUUACUUCAUAUGCUGCUGGUCCAGUUCAAGAAUGAUCUCGAUACGAUGUACGACGAUUUUGUGAAAGAACAUAGAGAAAAGAUGACCGAUAUGAACUACUUUACGUUUCCGAUAAAAUUGCAAGCCCAAAAUGUCCAACUGAUUGACGAUUUUACGAAUUUUGUGGUGCCCCGAAUGUCUUACAAUCUAUUUGACAAGCAAGAUCCGCGGAAUUUAAUAAAACGAUGUCCACACUGUCAGUUGAUUUGGUACAAGACGGAAGGCUGUGAUGGAGAAACAACAUGUGGUAACCGCGGUUUCUCAAACUCUGCUCCCGCCGCAUCGUUGACGAAGCUGUUUAAAUAUGUAAUCAGCUACGUUCAUGGCAAGGUUAAGAUUCGUAAGAACCAAAUUCAAAAGACGUCUCCGAUACGAGCGGCUCCGUGCACAUCAAGCGCCAAAGGUUGCAAUGCUAAAAUUGUAUGGAAAGAUCUUCCGAAACUGGAUGAUGUUUUGAUUUUCAGUUUGUAUUCCGUAAAAACGAUGGAUGAAGCAAAGGAAAUCGUAAAGGCUGAACGCUUCAAACUCGACCGGAAACGUUACGAAGGUCGUAUUGAUACCCAAUUCUAUACGUAAGUUCUUGUUAAUGUUUAACAAUUCAGUUGCACGAAAAUGAAAUAAUAAAAUAUUUUGAGUUGG